AGACGGACUCAUUAGGACCGAGCAGCUCCUCCGCUCACUCCGGAGCUCCUGUCGGGUGUCUCGCAUCUUGAUAGCUCGCCGUGAUACUAAACAGCUGUCGGUCGCUAACAGAAUGGUGAAGCAGUAGCAUAACACACAUUUUUGAGCAUGGCAGAAAGAAAGGGAAAACCAGCCACUCCAGUCAAAACACUCACAAAGAAAGAAAAAGUAGAGCUCAAGAAAAAGGAGGAAGAAAAAGCAGCAGAGGUUUUUGAAGAAUUCUUGGCAUCAUUUGAGACCAGCGAGAAAAACAAAGUAAAAACUUUUGUCCGUGGGGGUAUUGUGAAUGCAACUAAAGAGGAGGAAGCAGAAGAGGUCAGGAAAAGUAAAGUGUACCGACCUUCGGCGAAGUUUGUCCCUACAUCCCAGCAUGUCUCACCAGUAUCCUCUGCUGAAAGCAAAAAAUCUACGUUUAAAAAAAAGACAGAAGAAAAGAAGAAGAGUAAUCUCGAACUGUUCAAAGAAGAACUUAAGCUAAUACAAGAAGAACGUGAGGAAAGGCACAAAAGAAAGAAAAGUGACCCUGGCGGAGCAGGAGGAGGUGAAAGAGGAUAUGGAGAUCUAGACAUACCAUUAUCGGGACGAUCAACUUUAUAUGAUGACCUAACAGUUCCCACAACCACUAACCUCUACAUCAGCUGCAUUAGCCAAAAGAUGAAUGAAGAGAUGCUCUGUAAAGAGUUUUGUAAAUACGGCCCCCUGGCCAGUGUGAAGAUUAUGUGGCCGCGAACAGAAGAGGAGCGCGGCAGGACCUCAAACAGAGCCUUUGUGGCUUUCAUGACACGGAAAGAUGCAGAGAGAGCCUUGGCUGCACUGGAUGGUAAAGUCAUUAUGGGGUUUGAGAUGAAACUGGGAUGGGGCAAACCAGCUCGUAUUCCACCUCAGCCUCUCUACACACCUGUGGGGUUGAGAGCCACACCGCCGCCCCCAUCUGGCCUGCCUUUCAAUGCUCAGCCAAGGGAUCGCUUCCGCAACGACUUCACCAAGCCUUUGGGCAUGUCCAAAACAGAGCUCGACAAGACUCUGUCCGAAGCCGUAGUCAAAGUGGUUAUCCCAACCGAAAGGAAUCUAUUAUUCCUUAUUCACAGGAUGGUAGAGUUUGUGGUGCGUGAAGGUCCCAUGUUUGAAGCCAUAAUAAUGAACAAAGAGAAAAACAAUCCAGACUACAGAUUUCUUUUUGACAACAAAAGCCAGAAUCAUGUGUACUAUCGCUGGAAACUGUUCUCCAUCCUCCAGGGGGAGUCCCCGACAGAGUGGAGGACGACAGAUUUUCGUAUGUUCCGAGGAGGUUCUUUAUGGAGACCCCCUGUUCUAAACAACUACUCUCAGAGAAGUGAAGAGAGAGCAGAGGUAGAGGACAGUGUUUCUCCGGAGGAGGAGGAGGUGAAGAAAGGGCAGCUCAGAGCCGAGCACAGACAGAAGCUGGAGACGCUGCUUAAAGAGCUCACUCCAAGCAGAGAGGACAUUGCCAAUGCCAUGCUGUUCUGUCUCGACCGAGCAGAUGCAGCAGAGGAAGUGGUGGGACACAUCACUGACUCGUUUUCCUUGCUUCCAACGCCCCUUCAGAAGAAGGUUGCCAGAUUGUAUCUUGUAUCAGACAUUUUACACAACUCGUGUGCCAAAGUCGCGGGUGCAUCAUAUUAUCGUAAAUAUUUUGAAACAAAGCUAACACAAAUAUUUGGGGACCUUAAUGCAGCACACAAAAACAUACAAGCCAGGCUGCAGGCUGAACAGUUUAAGCAAAAGGUCAUGAGUUGUUUUAGAGCAUGGGAAGACUGGGCCAUUUACCCGGAGCCUUAUCUAAUCCACCUUCAAAAUAUCUUUCUGGGCUUCGCCAAAGCAGGGGAAGAGUCAACAGAGACUGUAGAGGAAGCACCAUGUGAUCUUGAUGGUGCACCACUGGACGGCACACUUAUAGACGGGUUACCUUUGGACAGAACUCCUGUGGAUGACCUAGAUGGCUGCCCUAUGGGCUGGGACCCUCUGGAUGGAGUCCCUGUCGAUGACAUAGAUGGCGUUCCCCUAGGAGCUUCCAUUGAUGAUAUUGAUGGGAUGCCCUUAGAUGAGAGCAAUGCUCCUCUCUCCAGAGUGCCUUUGUCUAAAUGGGAGAAGGCAGGUGAUACCAGGACAUGUUUUCAAGCCAAGACCGAAUCCAAGUGGGACACUGUGGUGGAGCAAGACGGUGAAGAUGAAGUGAAUGUUAGUGGCAACUCACAGGAUGUAGAUGAGGACUCGGAGAGCGACAGCAGUGCAGAUUCCUGCAAUUCGUCUAACUACGACAGCGCGGUUUUCCAGAGCUCGCUCCGAAGUUUUCAAAUGUCUGAGAGCAAAAGGAAAAGGUUGAGAGAGCUGGAGGUAAAGGUUAUGAAGAUCCAAGAUGAGCUUGAAUCUGGCAAAAGGCAGAGAAAGUCUGGAAUGAGCAUACAUCAACAAGUGGAGCACUACAGAAACAAACUGCUACAGAAGGAGUUUCAAAAAGAUGAAGAAAAGAAUGAGAGAUCAACAUCUAAGUCCAAAGACAGGUCAAAGGACGACAGAAGGAACAAAGAAAGGAGCAAAAGAAAUGAAGACGGGGACAGAAGACGGAGUAGCAAUUCUGGAGACCAGUCCCAAAAGUCAAGAAGCAUCUCUCCUUCAAAGUCAAGGUCUCCCAAACGGUCCAAACGCUCCCGGUCACCAUCUCCAGACAAGAAGGCCGGCAAAUCCAGGUCACGCUCACCACAUCGCUCCCACAAGAAGUCAAAGAAGAGCAAACACUGACUCUCAGCUCUGGACCCUGUCAUCCAUUACUAUGCUGCAUUGGCUCGCUGGUGUCCAUGAGUUACAAAAUGCACUUCUGCAGUGCUCCUUAAACAGAUGAACAUGUCUGUUCCCUUGGUCCCAAAUUACACUAUUCACGCAAGAUUCAGCACUCUUUUGUAUUAUGAAGUUUGAACACUGUAACUAAGUAUUCUAUUUUUGUUUUAAUGUUUGUUUUUAAAGUGGUAACCAGAAAUGUUGCUGCAAAGUUCUGACACUAAAUAAAUCACCUUUGCUGGUGA